AUGGAGAUAAAGCACCGCCAUCUCCCACUGGUCUUCCUCCUCGCGCUCUCGCUCCUCUCCCUCACCUUCCGUUACCACCUAUUCCUUGCCCAAUGCUCAUCCCCGUACACCGCCGACGUGCUCCUUUGCCGUCUCGCCGCCACUAAUGUCACCGCACUAGCGACCGCCACACUGCUGCUCGUAUCGUUACAAGGCGGGCUCGGGUGCUCCUCGGUCAUUGACAACGUCGCCGAGCUUGGCCCCUACCUCCUCCUCAACUCCACAGGGCUCUCGCGCAACCGGAACCGUUGGAACCACCACUUCAUCGUCAUCUUCAUUGACAACCCGCUCGGGUCUGGCUUCAGCGCGCCAGCAUCCAAGUUAGACAUCCCCAGGGACGAGCCCACCAUCGCCGCGCACCUCCUCGUGGCUCACCAGUCAUUCAUGGCACUCAACCAGAGCUUCCGCGCAUGCCCGCUAUUCUUUGCCGGCGAGAGCUACGCUGGCAAGUACAUCCCCGUGGUCACCAAGCACAUCCUCGACUCGAACAACAAGCUCCCCGUGGGCCGGAGAGUGAACCUGCAGGGCAUCGCCAUCAGCAACAUCAUGACACACCCCAUCGCACAGGUUACCAUGCACGCCGACCAGGCCUACUUUGCUGGGCUGAUCAACGCCAAGUAG